AAAGAGUGGCUUGACAAUUUGACGUUAGUAUGUUAGACUUAUUAUGCGUAACUGUAAAUAUAUGUCGCAAUGCUGGAUGUUAACUAGUGACGUUAAGCCUAAACUUAUCUAAUGUCAUGUGACAAUAACAAUGGCCUCAGACACCAGUUUAAUUUUUGAAAGGACACCUUACUCACUGGAUGGCUUCAUUUAGCUGGAAUAGGAAGAUUGGGGAGAAGGUUUCUAAGGCAGCAGUGCAGCAGUUUGAGGCAGAAUCAGCAAACGUGGAGGAUAAUAUGGAGCUGGAAGGAGUUGAUUGGCUGCAUGCAAUCAAGCGCAGGCGUGAGGUACUGCUGGAGGACUGUGCAGCCAAGAGUAAGAGACUAAAAGAUGAGGGAGCACUGUUGGCUGAGCAAAGCAGACACUGGGAAGCGGUGAGGAAAUGGGACGAGGCCAUUCAGCUGACUCCAGAAGAAGCUGUCCUUUAUGAGAUGAAAUCACAGGUGCUGACCAUACUUCAGGAGGACUUCCCUGCAGUGCAGGCAGCAGAGACGGCAGUCAAACUUCGUCCUAUGUGGUGGGAGGCAUGGCAGACUUUAGGUCGUGCCCAACUAAACCUUGGAGAGGUAGAGCUUGCUGUACGUUCCUUCCAGGUGGCACUGCACCUCUACCCAUUAGAGCACCCUCUGUGGGAGGAAGAUUUGAGAUGGGCACUGCAUCUGCGGGAAGAGAAACAUGCUAUGCAGCAGAAAGGUGCACAGGAUGAUCAAACUCAACAACUUGUGGAUGAAUCCCCAGAGCUGCAGCAAGAUUACGGGGACUUUGAGUGUGAUGAGGUCAUAGCUGCCUGCACAGCCAUAGCAGACCGCAAGAACAGAUACGAAAAGUUAAAGAAGAAUGUCAUUGUGGAUUUGCAAGAUGUUGCCAAUGAAAUGGUAGUCAGGAAUUCUGACAUAAAUGCUUCAAAGUAUAUUUUGGUUAAAGCAAGAAUAAUAUAAAAAGUGACACAUUGUUGAAUUAUUCUUCAUUAAAUGUUAAUUUGCAUAGAAUAUGCAUAAUAUGCAUAGAGGAUCAUUUUAUCUUUGGAGUUAUUGGAGUGCACAUACUGUAUUGGAUCACUAGUCUCUAAGGGCACUGGCUCACUUUGAGCCUCAGGGCUCAGGUAAACAGGUCACAUUCACCAAAAAAAAUGUCAUCUGCAACCCUAAAUACAUGUCAUGUUUGGUUCACUUCCUGUAUUAGUGUCACUUCAGGGUUGAAUCACUUACUCACUGCAGUGAAACUGUGCUACUUUGCGAACAACACCAUGCCAUUCAUACACACUCAGAUUAUUUUGGUCUGCACCUGAGUCCAAUUGCUGUGUUCUCAUCUGCCCAAAUGAACUAUACCAAGAGGAAAAACCGCAACAGGGUUCAAUUCAAAUACACACUGCACUGUUAAAAUCAGCUCUUCCUACCCUGAUUCAUUAGACAUGUUUGUGUAAUAUGAUAUUUAAUGUGUAUAAAUAAUCACAAAUUGUGUGAUGUUAAAUCGUAACCGUGACUUUAGUCUUUAUCCGUAAGCAUGGUAUUAGCUUCCACUGUUACGCUGAUGACACACAGUUGUAUGUUUCAGCAAAGCCAGAUGACAGACACCAGCUUAAUAAAGUUGAGGAAUGUGUAAAAGACAUUAGAAACUGGAUGCUUAUUAACUUUCUCUUUCUUAAUUCUGACAAGACAGAAGUACUUGUACUAGGACCACAUGCAGCUAGAAGUAAGCUUUCUGAUUACAUAAUAAACCUGGAUGACCUUUCUGUUUCAUCAUGUGCAGCAGUAAAAGACCUUGGUGUGAUUAUCGACUCUAGUCUUUCUUUUGAAGCUCAUGUAGAUAAUAUCACUAGGAUUGCUUUCUUUCAUCUCAGAAAUAUUGCUAAAAUAAGAAAUAUAUUGUCACUACAUGAUGCAGAAAAAUUAGUUCAUGCUUUUGUUACCUCUAGGUUGGAUCAUUGUAAUGCCUUACUGUCUGGAUGUUCCAGUAGAUGCAUAAACAAGCUCCAGUUAGUCCAGAAUGCAGCAGCGAGAGUCCUUACUAGAACCAGAAGUUAUGACCACAUCACCCCUAUCUUAUCCACACUGCACUGGCUCCCAAUCAAAUUUCGUAUUGAUUAUAAAAUACUACUAUUGACCUAUAAAGCACAAAAUGGUCUCGCGCCACAGCACCUGAGCGAACUUUUGGUCUUUUAUGAUCCGUCACGCCUACUCAGAUCAAAAGGUGCAGGCUAUUUGUUGGUACCUCGAAUAAUGCGGGCUACAGCUGGGGGUAGAGCUUUCUCUUACAAAGCCCCACAGUUAUGGAACAGCCUUCCACUUAGUGUUCGGGGCUCAGACACAGUCUCAGUGUUUAAGUCUAGGCUGAAAACAUAUUUGUUUAGUCAAGCCUUUUGUGAAUAGUUUUCUUAGGUACAGGGGCAGGUCUGGAGGGUUUCACAGGCAUAGAGUGUUGUGGUGAACUGGGAUGUUUGGAUGCUGUCGCCCCCCCACUCUCACACGUUCAUGCCAGUGAUGCCAGUGAUCCUGACCCCUUCUGCUCCUCCUCGCUGCCUGACCCAUCCUGAUGCCCUACUUCUGGUUGGAGUUCUCAUCGGUUGAGUUCGCUCGCCGCUGCUGGGGGUAGCCCCAUAUGGAUUGCCUGAAGAACUGUUUGGAUUGCUGGGGAUGGCGCCACCUGGGGGCUGUGGAGAUGGCAUGGGGAUCACAUAUGGGGAGCUAUACUGUAAUGGCUUGGGACUGCGAUUGCUGUAGUGGCUUUGGGGCUGCAGGUGCCACGAGCAGCUUUGUACUCAGGACUCCAUCAGUGGAGAGUGGAUAGAUUUUAACCAGCCGGACUUCUUGCAAAAACUGUGAUGAAUUUACUGGUUGCACAAUUGCACUAUUUGUCCAUAUAGUACACAAUAAUAGAAGGGAUUUAUUUAUAAUCGCACUAUCCGUUGCACCCAGAUGAGGAUGGGUUCCCUUUUGAGCCUGGUUCCUCUCAAGGUUUCUUCCUCAUAUCAUCUCGGGGAGUUUUUCCUUGCCACCGUCGCCACUGGCUUGCUCAUUAGGGAUAAAUUCACAGUGAUAAAUUCAAAUAUUUACAAUAUAUUUUUGUGAAUCCAUUUAUUUCUGUAAAACUGCUUUGUGACAAUGUCCAUUGUUAAAAGUGCUAUACAAAUAAAAUUGAAUUGAAUUGAA